UCGUUUUUUAAGCAUAGCUCAGACCGCCCCCCCCCUAAUGUUGCAGGUCAAGACAGAGCUGUGUGGGAACCUUGCACAAAAUCUGCCUGUAUAACCAGCUCUCCUCAGUCCUUUUUAAUCCCUCCUUUUCUUGAGAGCCAAGCACAUGCAGUUAUGUGUGAGCUUCAGUCUUAUCUGAAGAAUGAUGGAACAGAAUUUGGAGGCUCCAUUUACCAGAAGGUGAAUGAUAAACUGGAAACUGCCGUGAAUCUUGCUUGGACAGCCGGUAAUAGCAACACUCGCUUUGGAAUAGCAGCCAAGUAUCAGAUUGACCCAGAUGCCUCUUUUUCUGCUAAAGUGAACAACUCCAGUCUGAUCGGCUUAGGAUACACUCAGACUUUAAAGCCAGGUAUCAAACUGACACUGUCAGCUUUGUUGGAUGGCAAAAAUGUCAACGCGGGUGGUCACAAACUUGGUCUAGGAUUGGAAUUUGAAGCAUAAGGAGUGAUUCUACAAUCGCUAAUUUGAAAAUACAGCAUAGCUACCUUCAGAAUAUAGUGUACCUUUCAAUGUUUUAUGUCUGGGAUGCAAGUAUUGCUAAGUAUCAGUCCUGCUAGUCCUGGUUAAAGACAGCUAAGCUUUAAAAAUGAUGUUGUUAAAGAAACGGAGACAAAAGCAUAAAAAAAAAAAAAUCCUAAUUCCAGGCUUUUUUUUUUUUUAAUGUGAUUGCCCAUCGCAUCUGUCAGCUGCCACAUGAUAGGAAGUAGGAAGGUGCCGAUUACCUUUCCUAAGGUAUUGACUGCAUGAGGAAUAUUUUAAUGUGGUAUAAAAACAGAGACGUUAAGAAUCGCAGAGCACUAUAUUGUACUGUUAAUUCCGUAAGCAAAAUGUUCCAACACUUAAGGUUUCAAUUCACGAUGGAAUGUGCAAACUU